GAAUGACGCCGGCGGUUCGUAAACAACUUUGAGGUUAUAUUAAACGUUUGAUUUACGUUUGUUCUUUAAAAAGUAUCAAAUAAUCCAUCAAAAUGACGAUAGGCAAGAAUAAUAAAAUGAUACAGCACAUAAACUAUAGGGUGCGAAUUACUCUUCAAGAUUCUCGCACCUUUAUAGGAACAUUUAAAGCAUUCGACAAACAUAUGAAUAUGAUAUUGGGGGAUUGUGAAGAAUUUCGUAAAAUAAAGCCUAAAAAUUCGAAAGUAGAACGGGAGGAGAAACGAGUUUUGGGUUUUGUCUUGCUGCGAGGGGAGAGCAUUGUAUCGUUGACAGUUGAGGGUCCACCACCACCAGAGGAAGGUCUUCCAAGAGUGCCUAUUCCUGGUGCCACACCAGGGCCAGGUAUAGGAAGGGCUUCCGGCCGUGGCAUGCCCGCAGGCAUGGGAGGCGUACCAGUGGGUCUCCAAGGUCCAGUCCGUGGUGUAGGAGGGCCGUCCCAACAGGUCAUGACACCUGGCGGAAGAGGGCAAGUAUCAGCACCUCCGCAGAUGAACCAAGGUCCACCAAGGAUGGGCGGACCACCUCCAGGAAUGAUGGGCCCUCCACCUGGUAUGAUGGGAAUGCCUCCACAAAUGAGUAUGGGACGUGGGGGUCCUCCACCGCCCAUGGGAAUGAGGGGGCCACCACCUGGUAUGAUGCGAGGCGGACCUCCAGGACCCCCAAGACCUUAUUAGGAUAGUUUAGAUUUUAAGAUAACAGUAAUUGUAUAUUAAGAAUCUGGAAUUGUAUUUAAAUAAAUAACCGACACUUUUCUUUUGUUAUAUGUUUAUUAAUUUAAAGUUUUUCCAAA